GAGAGCUGGGAAGAAAGUGGGCUGGACUCUCGGCGGGCGGGACACACCCUUGGGGCAGUGGGAGGAGAGCUUGGGCAGCUGCUCCCAGCCCUGCGGGGACUUAAGUUGUACUGAGCUGGCACUUGGUGAACAGUGGUGGCCCUUGGCAGAGGCUGAGCAUUUCAAGAUCUUACCCUUGGGCUUAAAGCAAGGAUGCGGGAAAUUGUGCACAUUCAGAUUGGCCAGUGCGGCAACCAGAUUGGAACGAAGUUCUGGGAGAUGAUCGGCGAGGAACACGGCAUUGACUGCACGGGGAGCGACCGCGGGGCCUCCGCCCUGCAGCUGGAGCGAAUCAGCGUGUAUUACAAUGAAGCUUACGGUAAGAAGUAUGUGCCCCGAGCAGUGCUGGUGGACCUAGAGCCCGGGACAAUGGAUAGCAUCCGAUCCAGCAAAUUAGGAGCCCUCUUCCAACCGGACAGUUUUGUCCACGGUAACUCUGGGGCUGGCAACAACUGGGCAAAGGGCCAUUACACGGAGGGUGCUGAGCUGAUAGAAACGGUCAUGGAUGUGGUGAGGAGCGAGAGUGAGAACUGCGACUGCCUGCAGGGCUUCCAGAUUGUCCACUCCCUGGGCGGGGGCACGGGCUCAGGCAUGGGCACGCUGCUCAUGAACAAGAUCAGGGAGGAGUACCCAGACCGCAUCCUCAACUCCUUCAGCGUCAUGCCUUCGCCCAAGGUGUCCGACACGGUGGUGGAGCCCUACAACGCGGUGCUGUCCAUCCACCAGCUGAUCGAGAACACAGAUGCCUGCUUCUGCAUCGACAACGAGGCGCUCUAUGACAUUUGUUUCCGCACCCUGAAGCUGACGACACCCACCUACGGGGAUCUCAACCACCUGGUGUCCUUAACCGUGAGCGGUAUCACCACCUCGCUGCGGUUCCCUGGCCAGCUCAACGCAGACCUGCGCAAGCUGGCCGUGAACAUGGUACCCUUCCCUCGCCUGCACUUCUUCAUGCCUGGCUUUGCCCCUCUCACAGCCCAGGGCAGCCAGCAGUACCGGGCCCUCUCCGUAGCUGAGCUCACGCAGCAGAUGUUUGAUGCCCGCAACACCAUGGCUGCCUGUGACCCACGCCGUGGCCGCUACCUGACCGUGGCCUGCAUCUUCCGGGGUAAGAUGUCCACCAAAGAAGUGGACCAACAGCUGCUGUCUGUGCAGACAAGGAACAGCAGCUGUUUUGUGGAGUGGAUCCCUAACAACGUCAAGGUGGCUGUCUGCGACAUCCCGCCCCGGGGGCUGAACAUGGCGGCCACCUUCAUAGGCAAUAACACAGCUAUCCAAGAGCUCUUCAACAGGGUUUCUGAGCACUUCUCAGCCAUGUUCAGAAGGAGAGCUUUUGUGCACUGGUACACCAGCGAAGGGAUGGACAUAAGUGAAUUCGGGGAAGCCGAAAGUAAUAUCCAUGAUUUGGUGUCUGAGUACCAACAAUUUCAAGAUGCCAAAGUCCUGGAGGAAAAUGAAGAGGUCCUGGAGGAGGCUGAGAGGGAAGUGGAAGAUAAGGAGCCCGAGGUGUGAGGGAGCCACCCUAGGCUCAUGUCUGUCCUGCAGCACGUGCAGCCUGCUCGGUGCAGCAGCCCUGCCAGUGAGGUGGGACUGGGGGCAGGGUGAGAUGGCUGUGGCAAUAGGGUCUCGCCCAGCUACUAACCACACAGCUUUGAUAUGCACUGCAUACCCCAUUAACUUCACUUUGUAACAGCAAAAUGGAUUUACUGUGAAUCACUGCCUGAGCUUUCGAGGAUUCUAGAGGACUGCACGCCUAGCCCUAUGCUGGGCACCUGGACUACCUGAGUGGGUUCGCAGAGAGCUGCUCCGUUGGUAUUCACCUUCACCAUCAGCACUGAGAGGUACCAGGCAUCCCUGGGCUGCUAGGACUUUUACAUCAGCCUCUUCCUCUUUGCACACUGCCUGGAGUCCUGCCUGCCUGUGCCUGAGGCCUCCAGAAAAGCCAGGUGUCUGACCAGCACGCAGGAGCCCGUGUCCCUAAGUCAACUGUGUAGACCUUGGGGACCCCUCAGUGCACUAACUGCAAAGGGAACAGGGAGGAGAGAAAGGCCAUAGUCCUCUCCACAGAAAUCCCUGGCCAAGAAAUAAAAAGCAUGUCAAAACAGACAAAACUGAAUAGCUCCAAUCCACUGAAAAAUCCUUUUAUUUCUAAUUAGCUUUCAGAAUAUGUAUUUUAAUUUCUUGUUAGAAUUAGGUUCUGGAAAUUCAUUAAUAAUCAUCUUUGGUUUCCUUUUAAAGGUGAUUUGGAAAUGUUCUUUUCACUUUCCAUUCAAUUACCAGCCCCGCCCCCCCAAGCUUCUAUGCUGAGAAAGGGCACUUUACAUACUCGGCAGCUGCUCAAACGUGGGAAUCCGGCAGGAACGGCUGCGGUGUCCUUCUCGGUGACAGAGGACAUCAUCUCAUUAGGGAACUUUUACAGUUCAAAUUAAUCUGCACAAGUUGCCAUAAAUGUUUUCAUGAUGACACAGCUUUAACUAUUACAUGAUUUUAAUCUGCUCACAUUACAACAGGACCAGAUACACAAGAGCAAAUCAAAUCAUCCAUAAUUUCUUCAUUAUGGUUUACCUAUUAUGACAUGCAGCACUACUGCCAUCCCUUCCAGUACCAGGGUCGGGACAGCCUUCUAGAAUGACCACUGUGCUAUACUACUUGACCCAUGGAUAAGGAGUACUGGGAAAAUACUCUGACCCUCACUUGAGAAGUACUUUACUUGCAGGCAACUAGGACCUCCUGUCCUGAUUUGCUUUUGUAAUCGGGAAUAAUGAAGUAACAGGUGGACAGAUGAUCUGUUCUUUCUGAAAAAGUUUUUUCACAUGUGCAUCGUGAGGAAAUAACAGAUGCACAUGAAGAGAGAAUUGGAACUUGCUGUGGGUCUUCCUGAUAAGCUAUUAGCCCAAUUAAACAAGCACAAAAUAACAUUUUAAACACUUUUGUGGUUGAAGAAGCACUAGAUUUAGUAAGAAAUUGCACAUAUACACUCUUAGUUUGAAUAACUUCUUUAGAUGCUAAAAAGACAACCUGUGAUUAGGUAAGAAUUUAUACAUAUGGUUUCUCUGGCACGUUCCUUCUCAAAUUUAAAAGGCAAUUAAAUAGAUGGAAGCAAAGACACAGACUUAGAUCUUCUAAAAAAAAACUUUCACUGAUUUAUAUUACUGUAAAGACUUGUUUGCUCAACAGUAAUCAUUAAAAGUACAAAGACAUUUAAUUUUAAAUGGUUGAAUUGUUUAUUUCAGACUAAAUUCCUUUUCUUGGAAUCUAACUACCCAGACUGAUUGAUUUUAGUUAAAAAUAUUUCAAAAUGCAUCUCACCAUCCUACUCUUUCAUAUGGUACAAAUAGAGUAAAAUAAACUAGAAACCCAGAGAACUCUC